AUGGCCUAUGCACCGACAUGGCUCGACCAUAGUGACAGUGCAUCUCAGAACAUGAAGUCCAGACGAUCUCACUUCGGCCGGUUUAUUGGCCUACGACAGGACUGGUACUUCGACGGUGAUGUUCCGCUUGAUCCCAGGGUCCUAGACCUCCUGCAAAGAAUUGAGGAUGACUUCUAUAUCCAUGCAGUGGUCACCCGGGAAAAGGAUGAGUACACUAAUAUUGUGCGUAUCGACACUGAAGCAAGUGACAACCGCAUGUAG